AUGAGGCUCGAGAAGCAGGCGUACCGGACGGAUGACGACCCAUUCUUCUAUGACCUUUGGAAGAAUAAGCUUAGGUCUUAUGAGCUCGAAAUCACCUUUGUGGGUAUCCUUGACGAGUACAGGGCCCAUCGGCCGGAAGAGAAGGCACAAUCCAGCGGUGUCUCUUUUAACGCCACUCUCAACGGCAAAAAGGCCGAUAUACCACAAGCGGUCCAGAAGCUUCCGCAGUCUGAGAGGGAUGAUAUCUUAGAGAAACUGAAGCAGAGAGCCUCGGAGUUUAGUAGUGCAGCCAAUCUCGCUAUCGGCGGCGAUACAGAUCUCCCUAUGGAGACGAUAUCCUUCUAUGCCGCUACGGUCUCUCCAGCAGUGGUAAACGCAGCCAUCACGUAUCCAUUAAGGAAUAGUUGGAUAUUGGAUUCUGGAUCGAAUGUGAACGUCACGAAUGACCGCACGAGAUUCGAGACCUACUAA